AUGAAGCCUUCAUCCCAAUCCUCCCGAAGCAACAAAAACGCUCUGAAAAGGGCUGGAAUGGUCGGAGUUUCAUUUGAACAUAACGAGGAGGAGGAAUCAAUAUUAAAUCAACGGAAUGAGAGAUUCAGUAGGAAUCAAAUGGAAGAUGAUGAUUUAUUUCAAGCGCAAGAACGAUUUUUUAAACAACAAUCCGAACCAGCUGCAAGUGUAACUAAAAAGUCAAAAUUUGCUUUGGAGAGAGAGAAAAAGAAGAAAGAAGAAGCAAAUACAUCAUCGGAUGUGCCCAAAAGUGGGCUUAGCAUUUUCAAUAAUCUUAAUAUUGUCGAACGAGAUGUAAAGACGAAAAGUGUGGUGCCUCCAUCACUUCCGACACAGCCACAAGCAUUUCCCACUCUCAAACAGCCUUCACUAACCUUCUUGGGAAGGAAAAGAACACAGCCAGAGAAGCAGAUUGUGCAACAGACACAUAAUGAUGCAAUGAAUAUCUCUGAUGAUGACAAAGUAUUAACACAGCAAGAUGUUAAACCUACUGAGGGAUUAUCGGAGGCAGAUGCAAUUGACCAAGAAAGUGACAGAAUGAUUUCGAAAAUGACCAAACAAGAAAUUGAAGAAGCAAAAGCUCAAUUAAUGAAACAAUUCGACCCCUCCAUUAUCAACAUGCUAAAAAAUAGAGGUGCGGAAAAACAACAGAAAAAACAAAACUUAUCCAAGCAUGCCCCACCACACACUGCAGCCAUAACCUCUCAACCUCGAAAAGAUGCAAGUCUAGAUGAGAGAAAAGAAAUUGCAGAGAAAGAUAUUAGCGAAAUUAUUGAAAAAAUUAAAGAGAGUUUAAAUCCAAAGGAACUCAAAAACAUCAAAGAAGAAGAGGAGAAACUAAAGUGGAUCGUUGGCGGAGAAGAAAUUCAAGAAAGUGAAGAGGAGAAAAAUGAUAAAAGCAAAUUCAAGCCAUUGCGCUUCGACUUGGAAGGAAACAUUGUCGAUCAGUCCAAAGAAUAUCCGACCCACUCUGGGCUCUUCCAUCACGGAAGAGAUCAAAAUAUGGCAGGAUACACUAUUCUUGAGAUAUUCCAGCUAAUUAGAAGCAGUGUAAUCACGCAAAGAAUUAUCAACAUUAAGCUUCUUAACCAAAUCAUACUUAAAACUUCCAAAAGUGAGAAAUCUGAACUACUCAUCUAUUUGGAAGAAAAAUAUGAAUUGUUCAAAACGAUUUUCUGGUUUGGCUACGCAGAUGCCCUUAACGCUAGCGCAACAGUUUUACACAAAAAUUUGAACCUUAUAAGAGCAACAUCUGAGCUCCUGCGAACUAUCCUUUCCUGCUGCUUCCAGAUGCAGCAAGAUGAGUUUGAUGUCAUAGAACAAAAUAGUUUUAAUUACUUUUUAUAUGACGUAAACAACAUGGUUUCAGAAAAGAUAGACUUUGUUCGGAAGUAUGAGAAAGAUGUCACUCCGUGUCUCAUUUCUAACAUGGUCACAAUUUUAGAAUGUGAAGAUGAUCCCGAUUUGCGAAGCCAUGUUCUUGAGUCAUUAAUAAUCCUCUCAAGAUAUUCGUUAUCAAUUGCAACAAAAAUUUCCAACGAAAUGACAAAAAAGAAGGCAUUUAAACAGCUCACAAGUUUAAACCUUUUUACUGACACCACCGAAGUAACACAAUUUGCUUUACUCAUUUCCAACUUGAGUAGACAUGGCAAGAAUAUUUGUGAACGCUUGAUUAAGAACACAGAAGUUAUUGAAAUUGCAAAAAAAAUUAUCACCAUUUGCUCUUCAUCAUCUAAAACGCUAUCAGAAUAUCAAAUGAUAGCAUGCAAAGAGCUUCUCUCAGUAGUGACAUCCUGCACAAGCUACAAGAUGCUAGACAUCAUGCAUUUAUUCUGUGAGGAGAUGUUUCCUAACUUGGUCACUCUCAUUCAACUUCCUUUUGCUAAAUCAUUACAAAAGUCUAAAGAUGCAACAGAGUUGUCUCGAUCAUGCUUAAACUUGCUUCAAGUAUAUAUGACAUCGAAAUUGUCACUUUCCUUUCCUUCUUUUGAAGAUAAGGAUGAGGUAGAUGAAAACUCGAUAGGACAUUUAGAAAAUUUUGCAUUAUCAGAUUGUCCUCUAUUAGCCAUCAAGGCCCUUAAUAUUGAAAAAGAAUCCCUUUGCAUUCGGUUCCUGUAUUUCAUUUGCACUUUUUACGAUAAUUUUUACUGCAAUCCAAAUAGUGAUUUCCAUCGUUUUAUUGCGAAAGAAGAAAUUGACAAGACAUCUCAGUUGCUGAUGGUAAUGAAACGAGUAGAAAAUAGAAGUUGGUAUACUGAGCUCUACAACUGGGGACAGAGAUCAAUCGACCAACUUAAGAAUUUGAAUGGCUCCAAGGAGCACUUUGCAAUAGUUACUAAUUUAUUAUCCAAUAUUUCAUCAAUUGUGACCCUAUGCUACUUUUGUGCCAAGUCGUUCAAGCACAUGUUCACGAUUUUGUUUGACGAACUGCAUUUUGAACACUUAUUAUCACGACUAUACGAAGAAGUUUUCCAAAAGUAUUUAUUUAAUAAGGAUCUCUUUUCAUUUGCUUCAGAAUCGUCAAAUCCGUUACAAACCAAGUUUUACGUUCUCAGAGAAAGAUUUUUCAACAUGACAUAUUAUUUGCUGAAGCUCUACUCUUACGAAAAGACAAAACUUAGUUCCUUAUUUACACAAGAUCAAAUCUGCAAUUUAGGUCUUUUUUCUGCUGCUUUAUUAGAUCCAUUUAACAUUAGAGGAGAUAGAAGUAUUUUCUUCUUUAUUUUACAAACCUAUGUACUUCAAUUCAACCCAACCUUCUUAAAUUAUUUAGAUAAGGAAGCUUUUGACAUCUCUACAGGCAAAGAGGCCAAUGAUAUCAUUGUUGAGAGUAACAACUUACAAGUUGGCACCCCUUCUAUACCAAAAGAAAACAUUUCAGUAACACCUACCAACUGGAUUUAUAGUGCCAUUGAACAUUAUUACAUCAACAGGUUAGACGAAACAAAGAACAUUCCAUUAAUUAUGGACAAUCUCAAAUUUAUCACUAUCUUGAGCUAUGGCACAAAUUACAGAAGUUUAUUGAACGAGUUGAAUCAAGGCAUUAACACGAGCACACUGUUGUCAGCACAAGGAAAAUUUAUUGACAUAUUUUUCACAAAGGUUAUUCAAUUCGCUAACAUGAUGAAAGUAUUUCUUCUAGAUUCAAGCAUCUUCUUUGUGGAGAGCAUUCAAAAUGUGCUACAAACUUGGAUUGAUAUUUAUUACUAUGAACAAUAUUCAACUCAGAUCAACCAAUCACGUAAGGUGGCACAAAUCCCAAGCAAUCCAUUUCAUGGCUUUGCAAACAUGGCCUCAAUGGAGGAUAUGUUUUUCCAAAUGUUUAAAGAUUUUGUUGACCAUCAGGUUUCUGCUUCCUUCAACCAACUUACAUUUUCACAAUAUGUGUUAAGCUUUUUCAUACAUACCAAUAUUUGGGGUUCAAAGUAUAGAAUUCACAUUUGCAAUGAAAUGAGUGCAAAACAAAUUAAUUUCCUCAGAGCUGAUGAACAAUGGCUUGAGAGAUUGGAAGUGUUCCCAAGUGAGAGUGAUGUGGAUUUAAUAAUUUUGUAUUUGAAGAAGUUUAUUUCGCCACUCACUUUGGAAGAAAUCAAUUCUUCGUUUAUGUAUCGAUACAUGAUACAUCAUAUUGUGAAUUCGAUUCCUUCUCUAUCUGUUGUUGAGUGGAAGAUAGAGAAUAGAGAAGUGUUGUCCUCACUAAUGGAAGCUAUUUCUAAUGAGCAGGUCAAGGAUUUCAUUCUUACCAAAAUUGCUCGAUGCAAUGGUGUUAACUUGCAAGAAUUGCUGAGAGAAUUUAAAACAAGAAAGUACAUGCAUUAG